AUGCUGGAUCUCAAGAUGAAGGAGAGCUGUCGCAUCUGUGGGAGGGAGCUCUGUGGCAACCAGAGGCGAUGGAUCUUCCACCCGGCCUCCAAACUGAACCUCCAGGUUCUGCUCUCCCACGCCCUGGGCCGCGAGCUGACCCGGGACGGCAGAGGAGAGUUCGCCUGCUCCAAGUGCACCUUCAUGCUGGACCGCAUGUACCGCUUCGACACGGUCAUCGCCCGCGUGGAGGCCCUGUCCAUCGAGCGGCUGCAGCGGCUCCUGCAGGAGAAGCACCGCCUCAGGCAGUGCAUCGGCGGACUCUACCGGAAAACCAAUUCGGAGGAGGCUCCGGGGGCCUCGACCGGGCCCGGUGAGGGGUCAGGGGAGGGGAUGGUGGACAUUUCGGGCCUGACCCACGCCAAGUACUGCGCCCUGCUGCAGGAGGACCUGGUCUACUCGCUGUACGAGUCCUGGGCCGAAGACGGCCCGGGCUGCCCCCACCAGCACCACCAUCAGAGCCCUGCCGGACCCGGGUCGGAGGCCGCCGCCGCGGCGGGCUCGCACCGCUGCACGCCCAGCACGCCCAGGAGGUGUCGCGGAUGCUCCUACUGGCGGGUGGCUGACUCCGACUAUGAAGCGGUGUGUAAGGUGCCCAGGAAGUUGGCCAGGAGUAUUUCUUGCGGGCCAUCGACCAGAUACUCGGCUAGUGUUAUGGGCGGCAGUGUGGCGGGAGGAGGAGGACAGGCUGAGAGAGGGAAUGUGGAAGAUUCAGAAGAUGGCCCGUCCUCACAAACUCUAGUCCCCGGGUCCCAGCACCCCUCCAGGAUGUCCGACAGCGAUCGCACUAUGGCCGGACGAGUCAGCUCCAGCCCCUCCGUGGCAUCCCUGGAGAUGGCCGGAGACGAGUACGCUCAUCCUGGAACCCUAAAGGAUGCGAUGCUGAGGUCUUACAGAGAAGCAUCCGAAGACCGUCUGUCUGACUCUCUGUCUGAGGGGACGCCACAUGGCCAGACCUCACCCGGACCCGACCUCUCUCUAGCCCUCUGUUUGCUGCAAAACUACACGGUCUACAGGCCAGUUCGGAGCGCCAAGGGCAGCAAGCUGCCGGUUUUGCGCCAACGGAGCUCCACUAAUGGGGUCACAAGAUUUGGCUUCUCAGAUUCUGUUGUGGGAAUGUCUUACGGAACCCCAGAGGGAGAACUGGCAGAGCUGACACCAGAGCUGGAUACCCCUUUGAUCAGGCUCGAUCUUGGGGAGGACGAGGAGCUGAACCUGGCCGACGUGGAGGAUUUAUUGGAAGAUUUAUACAAAGAGUAUCCUCCCCCACCCCCUCACAAGAACCUCGUUGAAGAGCAGCAGAGCCAGCUCAACCAAUACGAGUGUGCGGCCGGUCAGUGUGUCAGCGAGCUGCAGAAAGCCCAGCUCCAGGUCCAGUCCCUGCAGGCCAAGAUCAACGAAAGCGAGGCCAACAACAUGAAGCUGCAGGAGAACCUGAACGAGAUGGAGAAUGAGCUGCGUUCGCUUCGCCAGGCUACUCAGAGUCAGGAAAGAACUAUUCAGGGCCUCAGUGAGUCCAUCAACACCAAAGACAGCGAGGCCCAGGAGCUGUACCAGCUAAUUGAAGGACAAAACACCACUCUGUGUAAGCUGCAAGAACUGGCCCAUGUUAACCAGCUCUCUAAAAACAAGGUUCCGGGAGGGGUGGGUGAGUCCUUGACGCUCUCCGGGCUGCAGAGCGAACUGGUCAGGGUGCAGAGCUCCCUCUUCUCUCUGGGCCUGGAGCUGGAGGCCAGCCAGAGGAGUUUGAGACAGAGCCAGAGGCAAGGAGACAACCUACUGAGAUUUAAGGACAGGCUCAACUCUGACCUACAAGAGGCCCUGCAGCACAGGGAGGUCACUGAAAAACACAACCAGGACCUGCGAAGUGCCCUCCAGAAGGUUCGCUCCGAGCUCCAUGCCAAAGAAGCAGCUCUGAAGCUGGAGGAGGCGGAGAAACACGCGGCGGUGCAGGAGAAAGACGGGUGCAUCGCACAGCUCAAACGCUCCCUGCAGGACAAGGAGCAGCAGCUGCAGGAGUACUCGGAGAUCUUAGAGUCGACAGGAGGUUCCCAACAUAGAGAUGCCUUGCUGGAGAAACUAAGGGAGCGGAUUAAAGAAAGGGACAGAGCUCUGGAGCGCUCCAUCGACGACAAGUUCCGCUGUCUGGAGGAGCGCGACGGCCAGGUGAGGACGCUGCAGCUGGCCCUCAGGGAGAAGGAACGCGACCUGGAGAGACUCCGCUGCAUCCUGUCCAACAACGAGGAGACCAUCGCGAGCCUGGACGCCCUGGUGAGGGGCAAGGAGCUGGAGCUGGAGCAGGCGGCCGAGGCCUACCGGAAUCUGCAGUGGCUGAGGCAGCAGAGCGAGGAGAGGGAGAAAAACACCCAGCGGGAGAAAGACGCCAUCAUCGGCCAGCUGCAGGCAGCCCUGCAGACACGCAGCCAGGAGACGCAGGAGCUGACCGCCGCCCUGGUGGCCCGAGUGCACGCCGGUCCUACGGACAUCACCGAGGAGCUGAAGGCUCGACUGGCUCUCAAAGAGAAGCUGUUCCAGGAGCUGCUGUCCGACCGCAGCCGCCAGGCCGACGAGCACCAGGCGCAGGUCCAGGACCUGCUGAGCACCCUCAGCUCUAAAGAUCAGUACGUGCAGGACUACUCCUACAGGCUCUCCUUGGUGAUUAGCGAGCGGACGGGCCAGCUGCAGGAGCUUCGCAGGCAGCUGACGCAAACCGAGCAGGAGCUGUGUGAGCUGAGACGGGACAAGGAGGCCGAAACGACAGGAGGAGAGACGGCGCACCUGUGGACUCUGCUUAAAGAGAAAGAAGCCUUCAUCAAGGAGCUGAUUCAGGCCCAGGAAGAGGCUGUGCAGCCAUUCACACAGGAGAGCGAGGCAGAGCUGAAGGCCCUGAAGGACGAGCUGCAGCUCGUGCUGAAGAAAGAAGUGGAGGCUCAGGAGGAGCUAUCGGCUCUGCGUUCGUCUCUCGUUUCUCGCCACCGGUCCAAGGCAGGCGCCACGAACGACGGCACCGACCACCGCUGCGUGUUGGAGCAGUUGGUGGCUGAAUAUAACGACCUAAACGAUGCCCUGAGGGUGGAGAAGAGGCUGUACCAAAAUCUGACACACACUCAUAAGAGCGAUGGCAAAUCAGAGAAGAUCCAGGCUCUCCACACUGAGCUGGAUUCAGUCCAGGCGCUACGCGGGCAGCUCGAGGAGGUUCUGGCCAGGACCCGUAGCAUGGCCCUGGCACUGGACAGGGCAGCCAAAAGGCAGCCGGACUGUGGAGAGCUCAGCACAGAAGAGGAGGAGGAGGAGGGAGAUGAUGAAGAAGGCAGCAGCGAUGAGUUCACAGACAGCAUAGAGGAGGAUGACAAUAAUGUGACCAGCAGAAGCUUGAACUCCGCUCAGGACUGUGUGAAGGCUCGAGGAUCUGAGCGUGUGACUGCGGGGCUGACGGGAGGGGUGUUCUCACAGAGAGCAGAUAUACAGCAGCUUGAGGAAGAAAAGAAAGCACUCGAAGCUGAGUUUGAAGAAAUAAAGUCGGAGCUGGAGAAGGAUGGAUAUACCUCUAUAGCCGAGAUGAGGAAUGCCCUACAGAGACUGCAGCAGGAGAACCAGGCUCUGACACAGAGGCAGGGAUGGGCCGGAGCUGCUGGGCCGAAGGCUAAAGUGAUGAAGGGUUUGAACCUAGUGGAGGAGGAGGAGGAGGAGGAGGAGGAUAGCGGGGAAGAAGACGAAGACCUGGAAACAUCUCCGGUGCUGUCGGGGAAGCGAGGUCCUCCUUGUUUCGGUCUAAGCAAAGAGCCAGGAAAGAGACACUGUAUGAGGCCGCGCUCCCUGGACGUGUCGUCCCACCAAACCAAAACGGACGUGGGGGCUGCUGGUGGUAGGAGUGAAUCCGGAGCGCUCUGGCGGGACAUAGAGAUGGGUCUGCGCGAGCAGGCGGCCGAGCUCCGCUCCGACCUGCACCUGAGCCAAAAGGAGAACCGGGAGCUUCAGGAGAGGCUGAUGGUUUCCGAGGCCACCGUUCAGGCUCAGGCCGAACAGCUGAAGGACUACAAGGAUCUGCUCACAGAGACAUCUGUCCAGCAGGCCAAUAAGCAGGUACAAGUGGACCUCCAGGAUCUGGGUUAUGAGACCUGUGGGCGCAGCGAAAACGAAGCAGAGAGGGAAGACACCAGCAGCCCAGAGUUUGACGACCUGGAGAUGUGCACGUCGCUGUCCCACCACCAGGAGCCCGGAGGGCCGGGCGGUGGCUGGUACCCCGGUGCGGGUAGCAGAAGUGCCUACGAGAUGCAGGACGAAGCAGCUUCUCUCCAGCACCUGGUUCAGGAUCUCCGCUCACAGCUGAGCCGCUGCCACAAAGUCAUCCGCGGCCUGCAGCUGCGGGUGCGCUCCCUGUCGGCCACCAGCGACUACGCCUCCAGCCUGGAGCGGACCCCGCGCAAGGUGAACUGGGCCUUCGAAACAUCGCCAGCUCCCAGCGGGGCGGAGGAAGACGAAGGCUGGGUGUCCGACACCCAGGGAACGCGCUCCGGCUCCAAGCCCAGCAGGGAGCUGCAGGAGCUGAUGGAACGGGUGGCGUCGCUCGAGGCUCAGCUAAAGGGAAGCAAAGCGGACAGGAAGGGCCAAGUGGAAGAGGGGAAAUGCGCCACCUGGCCUGGGAAAUACAAUUCUCUGAUCCAAGCACAAGCUCGUGAGCUGUCCCACCUGAGGCAAAGGAUGAGAGAGGGCCAAGGCGUCUGCCACAUACUGACCCAGCAUUUGGGAGAUACCACAAAGGCUUUUGAAGAGCUCCUGCGGGCCAAUGAUGUUGACUACUACAUGGGUCAGAGUUUUAGAGAGCAGCUGGCUCAGAGCACGGCCCUGGCACAAAGGGUGGUCACCAAGAUAAGUGGACGAGAAAAUCCAGAGAACCAUGUAGACAAGAACGGCCAUGAGUUGCUCGCCUUAAGGCUGAGUAAGGAGUUACAGCAGAAAGACAAACUCAUCGAGUCGCUUCACAGCAAGCUGCAGCAGUGUCCCGAGACCCCGUCCAGCUGCCACGCCCUCUCCGAGACCACCGACCAGUCAGACAGGACCUCCCUUGCGUCCGACGAGUACCAGACCAACGAGGACCUGGAGCUGUGCUCCGAUUUGGAUGCCAGAGAGUUUCAGGAGGAGCAGCACAGACACGCGGCAGAGGCGGACGUCCGUCCAUCUCUCCCCCCUCCUCAUGGCUUCCUCAAGUCAUCCAGCAGCUGUCCCAACAUGCUUUGCUCAGCCUCUGGGGGUCCAGCUAGUCAGACCGCAAGAGCCCUAUUCAGUGUUCCUGCCUCCUCCUCCCUUUGUCUCUCUUCUGGCCCUGGUGUCUGGGGCUCUGAGGUCUCUUCCGACCCCCGGCCCAGGGCCCUGUCUGUGAUCGCUGUUCGCCCAGAGCUGGACUCGCUGUAUAAACAGAUGAGUGAGCACAACAGGGUGUUUGGAGUUGCCCAAGAGAAGAGUCCGUUCAGCCUUUCUUCCAGUGCCCACACCCAGCCCGACCUCUCCUACGGCCACUUACCCCACCACGCCUUUCAGCAGUACCAGCUGGGCGGCAUCCCCGAGGGCCACGCCAUUACGUCUGACUCCGGUCUGCUGAGCGGAAGGCCUUUGUGGGAUGUGGAAAACUUCGCUCAGCCGUUUGGAGGCUAUCCUGGAAACCAGCCAGGAGGCAACCCAACAGGGGUAAAUCUAAUCGAGGAGCACUUGCGGGAGGUGAGGAACCUGCGUCAGCGUCUGGAGGAAUCUAUAAGAACCAAUGAGAGACUCCGACAGCAGCUGGAAGAGAAACUGGCCUCCACUGGGCGUGAUGGAGGAGCGCCGACAAACAUCUACAUCCAGGGGCUGGACACGGUCACUCAACUGUCCAACGAGAUCCGAGUUCUGAAAGAGGAAAAUCUGGGUCUACAGUCCCGCCUGCAGGCCAGCAUAGACUCAAAUGAGGAGACGGUGCAUUUGCGAGAGGCGGUUUUUACGGCGCGUGCCCGUCUGAAGCAGGCGGAGUUGGAGGCCGAGCAGUGGAAGGAGGAGCUGAGACGGCUUCAGGCCCACAGUCAGGAGCAGGGGCAGCAGAUUCACACUCUGAGACAGGAGAGGCAGGCUGGCCAGGAGAAAGCCAACAGGCUGCAGCACGAGAUGUCUCUGCUCCAGCAGCAGCUGUGUGAGAGCAGGGAGCUCAUCCACUCCCUGCAGAGUGAGCUGCACGUCUACGAUCGAGUGUGUUCAAGCUCAAAGGCAAACAAAGGGUACCUGUGUGACGUGUCGGGCCUCCCGCUGGAGCUGAGCGAGCUGCUGGCGGAGGUGAGGAGCCUGAGGGCUCAGCUGCAGAGCAGCGUCCAGGAGAGCAGCGCCCUCAAGCAGCUGGAGCUCCACAAGCAGCUGGAGCAGAAGCUGGGCGCCGCGUCGCCCCGGACCCCCUCCCUCUCCGCCCUCAGCGCCAGCCCCCAGAGGGAGAGCUUCUACCGACGGCAGCUGCUCCACGACCCAGCUCCAUCCCCACCUGUCAGGGACAUUGGUCUAUUUAACUGUGGAUCUCCUGGUCCCCCCUACUCAGACUUGGAAGACAGCCAUAUGACUGCCAAUGCAGACCCUCUCGACCCGCACUCCGAGCUGGAAGGGGAGGCACCCGACGGCUCUUUUGCGAACCGUAAUGGUCGCCACGCCAUCGGUCACAUGGACGACUUCAGUGCCCUGCAGCAGCAGGUUCUAGAGGGCCGGAGCCUGGUCCAGCGCAUGGAGGCCACCCUGCAGGCCUGUCUCACCCCCCCGCUGCUGGAAAGCAACCAGAAAGACGGCAGUGAUCUGGUUCUGGACUAUGGAUGUGUUAAGAGUCUUAUGUCCAACACCAAGACACUAAGGCAGAUUUUGGAGGAAGCCAUGUCUCUCCUGAAGAUGUUCUGGAGGGCGGCUCUUCCCAGCAGCGAUCCUUCCAUCCAAAACCUCAAGAAGGAACAGUGCAUGCAGGAGGAGAUCCUGUCCCUGAAACUGCGCAUAUCCGAACAGGAGGAGGUUCUUAAGGGGACGCUGCAGAGACUGAGGAGCACCAGCCGCACCAAGGAGAGCAUGGAGCACUACAUCGUCAACCAGUUAUCAAGGACUCGUGAUGUGCUGAAAAAAGCGAGGACAAAUAUGGAGAAGAAUGAGCAGAGGCUCUCCUCUCUAAGCUCCUCCUCUUCCUCUCCCCACGCUGCUGAAGACCCGGGAGGGAAUGCCAGGGAGCUGCAUUCUGCUUGGAGUGUCCUGAAGAUAGACUGCGCUCCCGGAACCGCCGGGACGGCAGCCACUCAGCGCACGGCAGCCAGGAAGCGCAGCAGCCAGUGCCUGCUGUAGACUUUUAAGGAACGUCGACUCAGCGCCGCCACCUCUGACCUCUAUUCCCAAACAGCCAAGUCCCGCCCCUCCGUUCCUCUCAUUCCACACACCUCCAGCCGUGAAAAAAAGACUGUCGUUCUUUUCUCUUUGGGGCCGUUACGUGCACGGUAUAAUCUGCACCUCAAGCCUUAGCAGACCCCCUUCCACCUAUCACACACACACACACACUAUUGUCUUUGAGUGACACGGCCGAUGAUUUGCCUUGUUGUGUAUCGGACAGAGAGUUGAUGGAAAUGUGCCUCAGGUGGUUUCAGACGGAACUGGCUGAAGAAGGGUGCGGUUUUCACCAGGUCAGGGGGUUAUAUUACAGAAACAUUCUGGUCUGAGUGAGUGAGCAUGAGUGCUCGCGUUAUGUUAAAAGAGUUGGACAAAAGAUUGGAUGACGUAAGCCAAAAAGUUUCCAUAAUACACCCUCUUAUUUGCGUUUACUCAGAGCCAGGAAACCCGUGGAUGGGAAAAAAAAAAGGGUUUUGCAUGUUUAAAAUGGCGUGUGGGAAGGAUUUUGCAGGCAUGUGUACACACACACACGAACACACAAACACUAUUUUAAUAUGAUGUCUGUGUGUGAUUGAACACAGCUCACUCAAAGACAAGACCACCUCACCUUAAAAAAAACUGCCACAGAAAUGUAAGCUUACUCUUGGUGGCUUUUAUUAACAAGGACAUUUUUUUGCUAAUGCGAUGCAAAAAAAAAAGAAAAAGCAAACCUGCAGUGCAUCUUUACACCAGACGGGGGAAUGUACCGUAGGUAUGUUGUGUAGGUGUAUUCAUAGAUGAAGAAUAUAAAUGAUUCGUCAGCCCUUAAUACAGCAAUGCAAGCAAAAAGGUCCCAAAGGUGUGUUAGUGGCCUCAAACUGCGAAAUAGAAAGUAUCAAAUCCAUAAAACAGAGGGGAACCAGGUCCAUCAGAGUGGGCUGGAUGUAAGAGGAGGUUAAAUGGAUCCAGGCUAAACACGCGUAAUCACUCCUCUGUAGGAGUUCUCAUAUGAGCAUGUGCAAUAAUGAUGUUUUUCGUCUGAACCUAUGCUGCACUGGACUAUUAUUCACGUAAUUCUCAUAAUCACGUUUUUUCGACACGGCGAGUGUCGCGAUUGUACUUUUUUCUUGUGUGUCGAUGCAUGACAGAGUUUGAAAAUGAAAAGCUGAGUAAUGGACUGCCUUUACUAGCCAAAGUUUGAGCUUUACACUCUUUUCCUCUGACUUGCCUUAUCCAUGUGAAUGAUAAGUUUGGAUCAGCCACAAGGUUACCUACGUGUCUUUAUCCUUUUGUUGAUUUUUCAACCUCUGAGGGACUUUGGAGCCACAGAGAUGGUAAACUAUUGGACAUAAGGUUCAGUUCAUUUAGAACUGCCACAGAGAUGAGCUUUUUAUUUUUUAUUUUUCUUGUUUUGGACCAAAACUCACCAGCUUUAAAAAAACAACAACAACACACACACACACAGGGCCAUUUGCUAUUUUCUUGUCUUGUUUUUUUUUGUCUUGGUUCAAGCCGUCUUAGCAUUCCCAUGGCAAAGGCAAAGGAGACUAAGUUCUUACGAAUGACACAAACUUUGGCAGGCUGCUUUUCUGGGUCAGCGUUCAGCCGCUCGCUUCACAUACAACAGUUCAGCUUCACACGUGGUUUGAUGUGUUUUAUUGCUGUACAUUUGCCAUUUUGUGCUGUAAAUAGUCAGCUUCUCUGUCAGGAGCAUGUGUGGGCGAGCGUUAGAACAUCCAACAUUUGCUUAUUGCAAAGUUGAUAAUCUGGGUGGCCGUGCAAUAGCUGGAUAUACUUUGUUUUGAUGUUAAACAUCACUUUAUUAUGUGUGUAUUUUUGCUAUCAUCACGUCCUGCGGUGUGUGCUUGAAGAUUUUGACACUUUGACGCAAUUAGUCACAUAAGCUGCAUCACAUAAGUAAUCAAACUAUGCCUUCAUGAUAUUUAAGGCACUGAACGCCUGUCAUCUAUGAAGAAUAAAAGUUGCUUCGCUUGCCUUUAAAUUUAGACUGAGAGUGAGUGGUAGGAAUUGCCUUGAAAGAGCAUCUACCCGAGUUGUGCCAAAUUAGGUUUUGUUUCAGGAAGAAAGCUGAAGAGAAACGUUGCCAUGUAUUUCACUGCAAGGUGUGAAGUGAAAGGGGGAGGUUUUUUGUUUUGUUUUGUUUUUAAAGAAGCCUGUACUUUUUAACAAAAAGAAAAAGCCAGCUUUUGAAUCGAGCACCUUGUUGUGAGCGUGAACAAAGCCUUUUAGCUCGUUGUUAAGAAGGGAAUCAAACAGCGCUGCGUGUCCUGGGUGCAGAGAUGCACAUGUAUAUACUGCAAACUGAUUGGUGCAGAUUUUUUUCUGAGCUUGUGCGUAAUGAACUAGAAAGCCGAUACAGGUCCUGUAAGGAGCCUGUGUCUGAUCUGGUGUGUUGUGUUAAGUAUUAGCAACCAAGGAUUUUGGGAACGAACGAAUAAAACACUAAAAUGAAAA